GCAUUGCUGUAAUUGUAGUUUAUAGUCCUUCUAAGAGGCGCGUCAGCAGCAGUUUUCAAACAACACUUCCCACAAGGCAGCGCGCUGUAUUUGUAUCCUCCGCUUUUAAACCGCGUUGACAGUCGGAGGAUGGAGGCAGUUUUAGCCAAGUAUGAAAAUCAGAUCAAUGUGUUCACUGAACUACUAGAAGAUUUGCCUGACACAGAUGAGCCUGUAUGGAUACUAGGCGAGCGGUACAGUAUCAAAACAGAAAAACCAGAACUGCUGUCAGACUUCCGUUCACGGCUAUGGUUUACUUACAGAAGAAAAUUCUCCCCCAUCGGUGGAACAGGCCCCUCGUCAGAUGCUGGGUGGGGAUGCAUGCUUCGCUGCGGGCAGAUGCUUCUGGCCCAGGCCUUGGUCUGCUGGCACCUGGGCAGAGAUUGGCGCUGGGACAAGGACUGCAGCCCCCCUCGGGAGUACCAGCAAAUCCUGCAUUGUUUCCUGGAUAAAAAAAAUAGCUGCUACUCCAUUCACCAGAUGGCUCAGAUGGGAGUGGGGGAGGGCAAGAUGAUUGGAGAAUGGUACGGCCCCAACACUGUUGCACAAGUGCUCAAGAAGCUGGCACUGUUUGACGACUGGAACUCAUUAGCUGUGUAUGUGUCAAUGGACAACACAGUGGUGAUCGAGGAUAUCAAGAAGCUGUGCCGGCAGACAGGCCGGGACACACUCAGGCCUGGCGCAGGUGGUUGGGCACAGCCGCCAGACAGGGGAAACUUGUUGGAGCAGGGCUGUUCCCAGCUGCAGGGUAUUGCUGUGGAGUCCUGCCUAAACACAUGUCCUGAAUGGCGGCCCCUGUUGCUGAUCAUACCUCUGCGAAUGGGAAUCAACCACAUAAACCCUGUAUAUAUCCAGGCCCUCAAGGAGUGCUUCCGGAUGCCACAGUCUCUGGGGGUGCUGGGAGGCAAGCCAAACCUUGCAUACUACUUCAUUGGAUUCACAGGAGAUGAGUUGAUAUACCUGGACCCCCACACCACGCAGGCAGCUGUGGAUCCCGAGGCUGGUGGACCUGUGGAUGACCAGAGCUACCACUGCCAGAGGAGCCCGCACCGCAUGAAGGCCAUGAACUUGGACCCCUCGGUGGCACUGGGAUUUUUCUGUAAAACUGAAAUGGACUUUGACAGCUGGUGUGGUUUGGUUCAACAGGAGAUCUUGAAGAAAAGUCAUCUACGAAUGUUUGAGCUGGUGGAGAAGCACCCACCCCACUGGCCGCCCUUUGUCCCUCCCACCAAACCUGAAGUCCAGACCACAGGAGCAGAGUUCAUCGACUCCACUGACAAGCUGUUUGAAUCAGAGGAGGAGUUUGAGAUUCUUAAUGUCUGAAGAGCUUUCAUGCCUGACCCGGCAAAGGUCAACGCUGAUGGUGAUUUGGCCCCUCCCGUCCAGGCGUGGCUUGGAGCUGUUUGUUGAGCUAUAGAAGUGCCUCAGAUUACACAGAGACCAAGCACAAAACUGAUUACCAGCUUGCAAAAAAGAAAAUCAGCAAAAGCAUGGACUCAAGGAGGAUCAGCCGGGGGGUGGCAGGCGGGCUCAAGCUAAGUCCCUUCACUGUGGUACACAGACAAAGCCAAGGAUUACAGUAGCACCUAUUCAAAAGAGAGUCUUUUUAAAGGCCUCUAAGAAACUUAAGACUUUUCAGUGUAUGACCUGUUAGAGAGACUGUUGUGUACAUUACCUGCUUCAACCAGGGGAGGGUCUGGAUGAAGACAGGAGUGGAGAUCAUAUCUUUGGAGAAGCCAUCACCUCAAAACAUACACUACCUCCUGUUGCCAGGAGACCAAUAUGCAGAUGUUUCAGUGUUAAAAAAAGAAAACUUGUAUAUGGAAGUGCCUCAUUUUAAAAUAUUUAUAUUCCUGAAUUUGGUAGGUUAGGGGGUUCCUCUAGUUAAGGAAUGGGUAACACCAUAUAUACCCUACCCUUCUGUAAAUAUGCUAGUCAAUAAAAAUAUUUAGAAACCAGA